UCAAUAUACCAGGAGGGCAACUGGAGGAGAUGACUGGUAAAAUCCAGACCAGCAACGUGACCAACAAGAAUGAUCCUCGCUCCCUCAACUCAAGAGUCUUUAUCGGCAACCUCAACACAGCCAUCGUCAAGAAAACCGACAUAGAGGUCAUCUUCGCCAAGUACGGCAAAAUAGUGGGUUGCUCUGUGCACAAGGGAUACGCCUUCGUACAGUAUUUGAACGAGAGGAACGCCCGAGCAGCUGUGUCGGGGGAAAACGCCCGUAUAAUUGCUGGACAGCCUCUUGAUCUUCUACUGUGCACUCAGAAUCACAACAAGCAUUUACCCGGUUCAAGAUCUUCAGCCAAACUUUCGUGUAACUAA